GGCCCGUUGGCACGCAAUUCUUCGAUCGCAUCUACGCUGGCCCAGGCAGCCGAUCCCGACUGUGUUCCGUUGUGACUGUCCUUUGCUUGCUUUCCAGCCCCCCUGGCAGCCCUCACCACAUCCGCCGGACCAACUGAACAGGCUUCCAGCGUCCAGACCUCCCUCCUCCUCUGGCCCUCAUCGGCGUCUCUCUGAUCUCCGCCGCCGUCAUGCGCCAUGCCGCUACUGUCGCCCCGGGUCGGGCUGGGUUUUCCUCCGGGCGGACUUGGUCCGGUCCGCCGCUCCCGCCGUCUGGCCUGCCGCCGGCUGGGCUCUCGGCGCCGGCGGCCUUCCUCCCCUCGGCGGGCGGGCCGCCAGGCCCUGCCCGGGCCGUGGUGCCGGCUCUGCUGGAUGCCACGCGCCGGGCCGAGCUGGAAGGCGGCGACUACAUUUGCCCCCCGGGCGAGGCGGCCUACAUGACGCGCGAGCAGGCGCUAGCCCUGCUCGGAGGCCAGCAGCUGCCUAUGUGGCUACCCGGCGCCGGGCCCUGCACCGAGGGCGAUGGUGGGCGUCUUCCGGUUCUUGACAAGUUCACGGGCGAGCCCUUCGCCUGGGUGCCGCAGGCCAGCCGUGAGCAAAUGCUGGACGCGGUGGCUGUGAUCCACGAGAAUUCGCCCAAGACCCUGGGCGCCCUGCCCGCUUGGCAGCGCCGGGGGAUCCUGCUUCGUAUUGCGGCCGACGUGCGGGCCGACUGGCGGCGCUUCGCGACGGCCAUCUCCCUGGAGAAUGGGAAGCCCUGGCGCGACAGCAUCACCGAGGUCAUGCGCUCGAUCGAUGUGCUUGAGCAGUCCGCCGAAGUGGUGACCGCCAUGGGUGGCGAGUGGCGCCACCUCGAUGAGUCGCCCCGGGCCGAGGGCUUGUCCUACCGGACACAGCGCUUCCCCCUGCCGCUGGCCCUGCUGGUGACGCCCUUCAACUUCCCCCUGAAUUUGGUCAUGCACAAGAUCGGCCCGGCCAUCGCGGCCGGCACGGGGUUCCUGCUGAAGCCGGCCGCGCGGACGCCCGUCAGCAGCAUGCUCCUGGGGGAGAUCCUGGCACGGCACUUGCCGGCCGGCUGCUGGGGCAUUGCCCCCUGCCAGUCGUCCCUCGUGGGGGAGCUGCUGGCCGACGGGCGCGUCAGUGUGGCCUCCUUCACCGGGUCGCCGGCGGUGGGCUUGGCCCUGCGCCAGGUGGCCCAUCCGACCCUGCACCUGGUGCUGGAGCUGGGCGGCAAUGCGGCCACCAUUGUCGACCAGUCGGCCGUCCGCCCGGGGCCCGAGGGCGCCGGGGACAUCGAUCGCCUGGCGGCGCGCAUCACGGCCGGCGGGCUCGGCCAAUCCGGCCAGUCGUGCAUCAGCGUCCAGCGGCUCUUCGUCCACCGGGAGCACUAUGAUGCCCUUCGCCAGGCGCUGGUGGAGCGCUUUUCCCGCGUGCGCUCCGGCUGCCCCUUCGACCCGGCAACCGACAUCGGCCCGGUGGUGUCGCUCGACGCGGCGCGGCGCAUUCACCAGCGCGUGCGCGAUGCCAUCGACAACCACGGCGGCAAGCUGCUGGCCGGCGGCGUGUGGCCGGGCACCGACGAGCAGCUGGAUGAGCAAGCCACCCCCGGCGGGGCCGGCUGUGCGCCCGGCACGGCCGGAAGCCGCUGCGACACGAUCCCCGACCCGUGCGGCGGUCCGGCGGUCCUCUACCCGGCCACCCUGCUCGAGGGGGUGGACGCCAGUGCGGGCCUCGCCCAGCUGGAGGUCUUCGGGCCGGUGGUCCUGCUCCAGGCCUUCGACGAUUUCGACGCGGUGCUGGCCCAGGUGAAUGACAGCCAGUUUGGCCUGCAGGCCGGGCUCUUCUGUCGCGACGUGGCUCGAAUUGAGAAGGCCUUCCGCGUGCUGCAUGUGGGCGGCCUUGUGGUCAACAAUGUGUCCAACACCCGGGCCGAUGCACAGCCCUAUGGCGGUCUGAAGGAUUCCGGCAUCGGCCGCGAAGGCCCACGCCGGGCCAUUGAAUCGUUCUCCGAGGAGCGCGUCAUGCUGAUGCAACAUAUCGACUGAGGGCCGGGGCGGCCGCCCCUUCGGCAGCACUCAGCCGGCACAUCCGCCCCCAGUGGGCGGGAGGAGACACGGCUGUCACAGCGUCUGUUUGUGUGUAUGUAUGUAUGUGUGUGUG